AUGUUGGUUCGGCCCGACAGACCCAAAUGUUUUGUGAGGGUUUUCUGGGAAUGCCUGGCAGAUUCCCCUGUCUGGAGGAGUUUCAACUUCCAUUCAUGGCAGAGCUUCACCCAUGUCCAGGGAGAGGUGGGGGACAUUGAGUCCAAGUUGACCAUGUUCUGCGCCUCUGUUACUGAGGCUGCCAAUCUGAACUGCGGCCGCAAGGUGGCUGGUGCCUGUCAUAGCGGCAAUCCCAGAACCUGCCGGUGGACACCAGCGCUGAUGGAUCCCGUCAAGCAGAACAAGGAGUCCUAUCAUGCCCUUUUAGUCUGUGGGACUCCAGAGGCAGCUGAUGGGGACACUGAGACUGCAGCUCUCUCAGACUUGGAGGUCAUCUCCCAGCAGGUAGAUGAUGAGAACCAGUGCUUGGCUCCUCCGGUUCAGCUGGUGAGUUUCGGCUACCGAGACCUUCCUCUCGCAGCACUGGACCUCUCGCUGGCAGGCUCGCAGCUCCUUUCCAACCCUGACGAAGAUGAAACAAGGGAAGGGUCCAACUGGCUGAAGCCAUGCUGUGGCCGUCGAGUGGCUCUGUGGCAAGUCUGUCUGCUCAGUGCUGGCUUUAACUGCGUCCUGGUGGCUUGCGUCAUCCUGGUGGUGCUCUUCCUCUCCUUGGAGCUGCUCAUAGACACCAAGCUCCUUCAGUUUACCAAUGCUUUCCAGUUUGCCAGCAUCAUACACUGGAUCAGUCUCAUCAUCCUGUCGCUUUUCUUUUCAGAGACUGUCUUCAGAAUUGUGGUGCUCGGGAUCUGGGACUACAUAGAGAACAAAGUAGAGGUGUUUGACGGAGCUGUCAUCGUGUUGUCCCUCGCCCCCAUGGUGGCCUCCACGGUGGCCAACGGACCCAGCAGCCCCUGGGAUGCUAUCAGCCUCAUUAUCACGUUGCGCAUCUGGAGGGUGAAGAGGAUCAUCGACGCUUACGUCCUCCAAGUCAAAGUGGAGAUGGAGCUGGAGAUCCAACAGUGCGAGAAAACCAAGGCAGUGCGCGAGGAGCAGCUGGAGCGUCUCACUCAAAUUUGCCAAGAACAAGCUUUUGAGAUCAGGCAGCUGCGGGCCCACCUGGCCCAACAGGACCUGGACCUGGCGGCCGAGCGUGAAGCGGCAAUGCAGAUCCAUCGCGUGUGGGCGAAGCAGGGCAGGAAUUUCCAGGUUGUGGAGGGCUUGACUCCUGGGGAGUCUGAUGACGAGGGCACUAAUAGGAAUCCUAGAGAGCUACACAACACUGCAGAUUCAGUUGUACGUGAUGAUAUGAACAACUACAUCAGCCAGUACUACAGUGAAGCAACCAACGAUGGCAGAUCUUGUGGCUUAGGGACUCGUGUCGUUACCACAGCUGCCAUAGACAUCCACCUCCCAACCAAUCACAUCCAAUCCAACCCCCCUCACGACCUGAAGCUGAACUACAGCUCCCACCGGUGCUGCACGCCUUCCUUCUCUGGCCAGGAGCAGAGCACGGUGGUCCAGGAGCUCCUCUCGUCUCUCUCCGAGGACUCCUGCCUUGCUCAGAAGGGCCUGACGGUGGACCCGGUCAACCUUAAGCUCCCCAGUCCCACUGGCUCCGAGAAGGCAAGCCCGGAACAGGACAACAGAAUAAGGGUGUUCAAUCGCAGGAACCACCAGGAGAGGCAGGGACGAGGUUGCGUCCUGCUGCAAACCAAGCCGCUCAUUCACCUGCAGGGCGGCGCCACAGAGCCCUCACUGGAGGAGAAGUACCUACUAUUGGGUCCGGCAGACACACCUCUCGGCCACAUGUCGGACACAUAA